CUGAGCGCGGGCGAGUGUGAGCGCGGGCGAGUGUGAGCGCGAGUGUGCGCACGCCGCGGAGAGCCUCUGCCCUCGCCUUGCACCCUGCUCAGGGCAUCUGGAGAGCCUGGAAACCUGAACAGGCUUAAAGUAUGGCAUGUUGCAAAGAUGGUUUCUGGCAAGAAGGUACCCGCGAUUGCGACGUCCUUCGGGGUCAGUUUCGCCCUCCUGCACGUCCUGUGCCUGGCGGCUUGUUUAAACGAAUCCCCAGGACCGAACCAAAAGGAGGAGAAAUUAUGCCCGGAAAAUUUUACCCGCAUCCUGGACGGUUUACUCGAUGGUUAUGACAACAGGCUGCGUCCUGGAUUUGGGGGUAUGAACGAUUUCAAACGCGCAAGUGUGUCCUGUCUGUCUCUCUCUCCAUCUGCCUGUCUGUCUGUGGGAAUAUCAUUAGGUCCUGUUACUGAAGUAAAAACCGAUAUAUAUGUCACUAGCUUUGGACCUGUUUCUGAUGUUGAAAUGGAAUACACAAUGGAUGUGUUCUUCAGACAGACAUGGAUUGACAAAAGACUAAAAUAUGAUGGCCCCAUUGAAAUUUUGAGAUUGAAUAAUAUGAUGGUAACAAAAGUAUGGACCCCUGAUACUUUCUUCAGGAAUGGAAAGAAAUCUGUCUCACAUAAUAUGACAGCUCCAAAUAAGCUUUUUAGAAUUAUGAGAAAUGGCACUAUUUUAUACACAAUGAGACUCACCAUAAGUGCAGAGUGUCCCAUGAGAUUGGUGGAUUUCCCCAUGGAUGGCCAUGCAUGUCCUUUGAAAUUUGGGAGUUAUGCCUAUCCAAAGAGUGAGAUGAUCUACACCUGGACAAAAGGUCCUGAGAAAUCAGUGGAAGUGCCAAAGGAGUCUUCUAGCUUAGUUCAAUAUGACUUGAUUGGGCAAACUGUAUCAAGUGAAACUAUCAAAUCCAUCACGGGUGAAUAUAUUGUUAUGACAGUUUACUUCCACCUCAGACGGAAGAUGGGUUAUUUUAUGAUUCAGACAUACAUUCCAUGCAUUAUGACAGUAAUUCUUUCUCAAGUUUCCUUCUGGAUAAAUAAGGAAUCAGUUCCAGCUAGGACUGUAUUUGGAAUAACCACAGUCCUCACCAUGACCACACUGAGCAUCAGUGCACGGCAUUCUUUGCCCAAAGUGUCCUACGCGACUGCCAUGGAUUGGUUCAUAGCUGUCUGCUUUGCUUUUGUAUUUUCGGCCCUUAUUGAGUUUGCUGCUGUCAACUACUUUACCAACAUUCAGAUGGAAAAAGCCAAAAGGAAGACAUCAAAAGCCCUCCAGGAAAUUCCAGCUGCUCCAGUGCUGAAGGAAAAGCAUCCUGAAGCUCCUCUGCAGGUUGUUGAUAUUUGAGAAUGAACAUUUGCAAAGAGGACCCAGCAAAAGGUGGUGAGAACACUGUAUCCAAAGAGCAGAAAGGCAACUUUUCAAAACAAAAUGAAUAUAAUACAUCUGGGAUUAGUCUAUUGAACAGAUUUUUUUUUAAAGAAAGCAUUUUGAAGAAUUCAAACUAUAACUCCAUUGCUUAACACAGAGCCUGGCACCCAGGAAAUGCCCAUCCAGUAUUUGUUGACUGAGUCAAAGAAUGAAAGAAUGAAUGUGAUGUGGUCUCUUGCACAAUAUUACUACUACUAAUAGUGACAGGGAAGAGAAGUCCUAGAUGACAACAAUAGCAGAGGGAAUUCCCAUAAUCCCAUUCCAGCAUUGCUUUUUUGUAUUUGAAGCCCAUGCACACACCCAAACCUUUGGGAUUACUGAAGGAAAUCUGGAUAAUACAGUCCUUGACCUGAAAUUACCUGGUUUCUUCAGAAUUCUUCCCAAGGGAGGAGCACCUAUCUCUGCCCUUUCACUGUCUGUGCUUUUGACUCUUGGUUUUAUGGUUUGGGUUAUUUCUGUAUCUUACAUAGAUGGACUACUACAUGGGAGAUAAGAGUCAUGCCCAACUCUGCUCUUUACACCUAGAAAACAAGGAAAUGGUCUCUGGGUGCACUUGAAAAAAGGGAUCCAUUCAAUACUCUUCUGAACACUGGUUUGAAAGGAGAAGCCCUGGGAAGGGCAUCCUUCUUGGAAGGUGAAAAAAGGAGGCCUCCAUGGAGCUUGCAAGGUGCUUCCCUGGAAAGUGAGCAAGUGCUGGAAAAUGUAUAAUAACUUGCUGCUCUUGCAGAGCAGAUCCUUGACUAAAGACGUGUGGACAAGCAGUGAUGAGUGGACAACUGGGCACUUGACCUUCACUGGCUGCCCCUUCCAUGAAGAAAGGAGGAGCCUGGGAUUUGUUUUGAGAAAACCCAGGUUUUAUUUGGUUGAGGCUUAUAAAAAUACUGUUAUUUUUCUGGUUACAAACAAUUUUUAGGAAAUCACAAUGGCCUUUUGAAGUGAAGACGAGGCCAAGAUCUGACUUAUCAUUUCCUUUAUUAGCUGCCUCCUUUUGACAACAAAACAGGGAAUUAGUAAGAAAUUGUGCUAGUGAUUAUAGUGAUUAGCAUGUUUACUUAUUUUUAUUUUUUUAAGAUUUUUAUUUUUUCUAUUAUAGUUGAUUUACGCUGUUCUCUCAAUUUCUGCUCUACAGCAAAGGGAUCUGGUCAUACAUAUGUAUACAUUCUUCUUCUCACCCUGUGAUUAUCAUUUUUAACAUUUAUUAGUUUAUUUGUCUUCAAGACAGAUAUGGAGUUUGGAGCUGAGAAUAUCCCAGCCUGGGAGUUGUACUCCUGUGCCUGGGGCUGAUGGGGGCAUAUUCUCUGUGCCAGUUUCAUUGGUUUGUUUAUUUGAUUCUGACUUGAAGCCACUGAGGCUUGUACAGAUGAGGAGCUUCAACAGGCACUUUCCCUGUGCUGAGCUCACUCUUGCUGCUUCUGCAAGCAAGAAACCCACUUUGCUACAGCCUGAGCUGAUCCUGAAAAUGUGAACAUGCUUUCUGCUUAAUGUUUGCCAACGGGCUGAUCUAAAAAUGGCAGCAAGGAGGUUACCUAUUAUCCACAGAACAAGAAUGCAUUUCAGGACUGAAAUAGAUUGUGGUCAAUGGAGACUUGAUCUGCUGACAGAAAGUCAUAUUAGUAUCCCUGAGCAAUUCAUAAAAAUAGAAGGAGAUUUUAGAGGGAGAAUCCUGUUGGUUUUUUAAUUAAAAAAAAAAAAGACUCUCUCCUUUAGUAGCUUUCAACAUUCAAGUUCUUUUCUCUUAUUUUCCCCCAGUCUUUCUUUAUUGAAUUGCAUUCGUCUCUCAAAAUUCCAUAAACCAUUCAUUUUGACACUUUUGCAAAGGGUUUGUACCAUUGCCAAAUUUAUUUUAUCAAAUUCAUUACUACAUAUACUUUAAAAGAAGUGUAUUGAAACAUCCAGUUGUAUAGACUUUGGGAAGAUUUAAAAAUCAUUUUUUUCAGGAAAUAUGCAGGUUUUUUUUUCUAUGUGAUCUUCAGUUGGAAAUUUUUAUUAUUUUUUUCAAUUAAUAUAUCAAGUAUAGGUUGACUUUGCCACUGCCUGAAACUACCCCAGUAUAUGCCUAUUUCUUUGUGACCUACCAGUAAGUAUUUGUUCUGGACAAAAGUAUCACAGCUUGACCAAGAGAGUGGAUAGUUACCUUAAUGAUGGAGAAAAUGUAAAAAAUCAGUCUUCCUCUAGCACUGAAAAUUUGCUUAUGUAUUUCAGUAAAAUGUCUCCUAGAAGUCUAGAAAUAUGUGACUAGAAAUAGCACUUUAGAAAUACAUGACUGUAAUAGACACAUUAAAAUGGAGUUAAAGGUUAAAAUGACAAUUCAUAGGGGAUUUCAGAGUUUCAUGAAACAAUUGGAGUUAAUUACUGGUUACAGUUAACUUCCUGGUUACUAUCCAGGCAUUCUGUAGCCAUUAAGUGGAACUAGCCACUCACAGUAUUAGAAAUCACAGUGUUAUAAAGCGUCCAAGUUCUAAGACACAUAACAAUGAAGAAAACAGAGAAGUAAAAAGGAUCUCAAAUCUUCAUAGUUUGUGUAAGGUGAAGGCUAAUUGUUCUAUAAUAUAAAAAAGUUAGAUACUGUUACUUUAUCAGGAAUUUUAUCAGACGUUCUUCCUCUUUUGAAAAAAAACUUUACAGAAAGAUGUAAAAUUUGGAGCUGAAAUAUGUAGGGUGAAAUCAGAAAUAGAAAGAAGUAUUGAAUAUCCUUUCUUCCAUGUCACUUGCUGGGCACUGCUUUGUGCAUUACCUGAGCAUUUCAAUUUUUGAGGGUUUUUUUUUUUUUUUUUCUGUGAAGCACUAAUUUGAGGAAAUCCUAGUUUCAUCCUAUGUGUUGGCUUGAAUGAAAGUAGAUGUUGGGCUUGUUCUGGGAAGAGAGAGGUAGAAAUAACAGUGUCACGUUCUGGAGAGAACACUUCUGUGUUUGGGAUUCUGGGAUUCUGCCUGAUAGACUUGAUUUUGCACUGAGUAGUAUAACCUGAUUCGUUGUAGAGCUGUUCAUCUCAGCAAGAAUGACAUUAGAUAUAUGUUUAUUCCAGGCCAAUCUGCCAGCACAGUAGAGUGAGCACCAUCAUACAUCUCAGCAAGGCAAGCAAUGAGAUGACUGCAAUUGCUGUUGUUUCUUCACAAGCUCACCAUAAAAUGCUUCCCCAGCUUGAAUACUUGCGGAGUCUGAUGAUUGUCUUUACUCCUUUAUUGUCUUUGUGGUGUUCUUUCUUUGUAUUGCAUCAUCAAUAUCCUAUUUUCUUUCUGAGGUUCUCUUUGUUUAUGAUAAUAGUUGGGUAUAUUUUCAAAGGAUAAACAUGUGUGAUUACUUUAGUGGUUAAAGGACACAUUGGAUAUUGAUUUGAGGUCAGAUGGCUGUUUCAGAUCUGUUGGAUGUGUGUUCGUGGCCCAAGCCUGGCUAGGUUCACUACUAGACCAGUUUAACAAGUACUAAGAAGGUAAAGACAUUAGCCAGAAGUCACCUGAUCUAUUGAUGAUAGAUUAAGAUGGCAAGAACGUAUGUCCAAGUGGACUUUGUUACCCCUGGUAACAACAAUUCAUUUGAUUCAUGUAGGAAACUCCCAUUUGCCCAAGGACCAAAAGAACCAAAACCCUACAUAGGUAAAAGCAGUUUUUGAUAAUACUGUAUAGUUAGUGCUAACAUGUAUGAUUAUGCCACAAUACAGUUUUAGUGGAAAGUUAGUGUUUAUGAUAUCUGAAUGUUUUGAAAAUUGGCAAUGCAUGAGUAAAAAGGGACUUUCUGUUAAGGACAAAAAAUUAAUCAGAAACUCAUUCCAAAGCUUAAUUUCAGUGUUCAAUUUUUUUCACAAUUCAUCAAGCUGACAGUAAAAGUUGCUCCAUUGCUCUUUUUGACUGAUCAUUGUAACUGUUCCCUUCUAAUUAUUCCGCCAAGCAGACCAAAAAGAGCCUGUGAAGCCUGGCUCCCAGGGUUUUUGAGGCAUCAAUGAAUAUGGCAAAAAUUGUGUUGUGCCAGAAAACAUUUUUGAAGAUGGCUGCAAUAAGAACUCUUGCCACUGGCCAUCCAUCCCACGUGCAUUUCUCACAAUGUGUGGUGGACAAAUGUUCCUUCACGCUUGAACCUGGGUGGACCUGUGACCACAGGAGAAGUGUUGCUUUAUGACUGUGAGGCUGCAUCUCUUAAAAUUGCUUUCUUGGACUCAGCCACCAUACUGUAAGGAAGCCCACGGUGCAUAGAGAGACCACAGGAGGGUAUGCUGGCUGACAGUCCCAGCAUCAGUGGCAGGUAUGUGAGUGAGAUGCCUCCAGUACCAGCUGCUUUGACUGAAACCAUGUGAGGGAUGCUGAAUGAAUGAGAUCUGCCUAGCUGAGUCCAGCUAACCUCCAAACCCAUAAAGGAAGGUGUUAACCUGAUUGCUGUUGCUUAAAGCCAUGAUCCUUUGGGGUGAUUUAUUAUGCAGCACUAGGUAGCUGGAACAUACGUGCUUUUAAGUCUGACAUGCUCAAGUUAAAAUAUUGACUCUACCCACCACUAGUGGAAUGAUGUCAGCCAAGAUUUCAAAUUUCUCUAAUUCUCUUUGUUCAUCUUACAGAUGUUUAAUCUGGAAUACUGCAGGUGCUCAAUAAAUAUAAGUUUCUCCAUUUUGUCCCUGCCUCCCAUCCUCCCCUCCUCCCUUCUUUCUUUCCUUCCUUCACUCCUUCCAUCUUGCCUUUCUUGCAUGCUUUCUCCUUCCCUUUCUUUCCUCCCAUGUAAAUUCAACACAGUACAGCUGCUUUUGCGGUAGGCCAUUUUAAACUGGAAUAAACUGGAAUAUAUUAGUGCCAGGUGUGGAUUUAAUUGGACCCUUACUUAAAAACGCAAGCAGACAGAAUUCAGGAUGCUUUAUUUUCCGGUGAAAACUGCUGAAUCACUGGUUCCAAAAUGGGCACGAAAUACGCCCAGACCCUCCACAGACAGUGUGUGUGGUGCAAUUGAGUGCCUUGGGGGAGUAGGGUAAACACAUUUUUUAAAAAAGGCGUGUUUCCAUCAGUCCACAGUGAACGUUAUCUGAAUUCAGUUUAGGCGAAGAAUAAUCUUCAAAAGCUAGAUAAAGGAAAUGAAGGCAUGAGCAACAUGUUAUUUGUAGGAAUGACAUACAUUAUCUCCUUGGCAACUGCAGGGUGGCAUGCAAUUUGGCAAUCUGUGUUGUGUCAUCUCGGAUGCCUGGAAGUCACUGUUUCCUAUGGAAACAAAAGAAGGAACAACAUGAGAAAAAGAGUUCUGAUUUUUGUACGCUGGGAAAGUAUUUUAAAACCCAGGGACCAGCAGGCUUCCACAGCAUCGCUAGAACUCGAAAUGGCAUUAAAUUUUCAUUUAUUAAUUCCACCAUGCUUUCGAAUAUGGAUGAGAUCCAAAUUUUCUUUGGCCCUGCUGAGCUUUUUAUUCAUUCUUUGGGUUCACAUGGUGAUCCAGACUUUGUGUAGAGCUUUCAAUGCCGUGGUGUGUAGUAGGUCUUUCAUAAACAUGAGGGUCUCAGCAUACACGCAUUCAUUUAUUCAUUCAACAAAUACUUGUUGUCUAAUUUGUGCCAGGCAUUGUGCUAAGUAUUGAGGCUGUGUAGAUUGCUUGCUUUACAUUUUACCAUCAUCCUGUUAUAUCCAGGGGAUAUUGUGGUGUUUCUUUAUUUGAAGUAAAUCAAUAAGUUAAAAAGCAUUCAUUUAGCUCCAACCUGGAAAGCCUAUUAUAGAGGAGCUAAGAGAUGUCAAAAGUGAAGCAUACAGCUACGCAAUACUAGAUGGCAUAGAAUAGUUCUCAUCAUGGCUUUUCUUUGGUCAGUGAUUUCAGUGAAAUUCCCUCGGUAUAGUCACCUUGUUUUCAUCACCAGUUUCCAAGUGAAUGGCUCCAAAAUAUUUAUGAUAGUGACUCACACUCAAUAUAACGUCUUUCGAGAGGUAAUUUGAUGAAAUCGAAUGUCUUAAAUGAAGGACAUUCCGAUUGCAAUGUAGCUAGAGUCUAAAAGUUUCCACUUGGAUGAAAGUCAAAGAAGUAUCCAACAUUAUAGAAUGCUACAAAGGCAGCCUACACCUUUGCAGUGGAACUGAGUGAUCAUAGCAGGAGAAUGAUCAAAAGCAUUAAAGCAUGGCAGUAGUGUUGCCAGGAUCACCAAUGGGCUCCUGAGAAUUCUGGCACAGUCAUGCUGGAGACAAGGUCUUGAGAUUCACUGAGAGACCACCGUUCAAGUAGUCAGUUCUUUCCAAGGAUGAUCUUGCCUUUUAUGAAUCUGUUUGGUGUUUCCAAAGCAUUGCCUUACUCUGCUUAUUCUAUAUCCAUUUCCAGCCCCAUCAUGGCAGAAAGUGAGGCUAAGAUGUUCAUCCACAUCUCGAGACCUAUUAAGAAUGACCUUGGAGGGAGUUCCUGUCGUGGUGCAGUGGUUAACGAAUCCGACUAGGAACCAUGAGGUUGCGGGUUCGGUCCCUGCCCUUGCUCAGUGGGUUAACGAUCCAGCGUUGCCGUGAGCUGUGGUGUAGGUUGCAGACGCGGCUCGGAUCCCGCGUUGCUGUGGCUCUGGUGUAGGCUGGUGGCUACAGCUCCGAUUCGACCCCUAGCCUGGGAACCUCCAUAUGCCGAGGGAGCGGCCCAAGAA